GCCAUGGGCUGCGAUGGCGGCACCAUCCCCAAGAGGCACGAACUGGUCAAGGGGCCCAGGAAGGCCGAGAAGGUGGACAAAAAUGCCGAAUUGGUGGCCCAGUGGAACUAUUGUACCUUGAGUCAAGAAAUACUAAGACGACCAAUAGUCGCCUGUGAGCUUGGCAGACUUUAUAACAAAGAUGCCGUCAUAGAGUUUUUAUUGGACAAAUCUUCAGAGAAAGCCCCAGGACAGGCCACAUCUCACAUCAAGAGCAUUAAGAAUGUGACAGAACUUAAGCUCUCCGACAAUCCAGCCUGGGAAGGUGAUAAAGGAAGCACAAAAGGUGACAAAUUUGAUGAUUUACAGCGUGCACGUUUUAUCUGCCCUGUCGUGGGUUUGGAAAUUAAUGGAAGACACAGGUUUUGUUUUCUGCGUGGCUGUGGUUGCGUGUUUUCCGAAAGAGCCUUGAAAGAAGUCAAAGCAGAGGUCUGCCACACAUGUGGAGCCGCUUUUCAAGAAGAUGAUGUCAUUGUGCUUAAUGGUAACAAAGAGGAUGUGGAAAUGCUAAGAAAAAGAAUGGAAGUGAGAAGACUCAAAAUGAAGACGGGGAAGAAAUCAAAGAAACCCAAAGCAACAGAAUCAGUUUCUCAACCAAAUGCCACAGAAGAAUCUCCAGGGCCAUCCAAGCUUAAGAGUGAAAAGGAUGAAGUGAACAUUAACUCAGAAAAGAAGUAUGACUUCUCCAACAAGAAUACAGCAGCAACUGGAAAUCCUUCAGGAAAAGCCAGUAAAUCUUCAUCCGGAUGCUCCAAGAGAUCCAUAGCAGACAGUGAUGAAUCAGAGGCAUACAAGUCCAUUUUCACCACACACAGCUCAGCAAAACGCUCAAAGGAGGAGUCUUCCAACUGGGUUACUCACACAUCCUACUGCUUUUGAACGCUACUUGAUGUGAUUGUAACUUUCCUUCCUCAAGGUAUUUACUUUAGCCUUUCAUGUAGGGUGUCAUUGUAAGCAAAUAGUACCUCCUAUGGGCCUGUCUAUGAGUUGUUUAUAAAUUGAGGCCCGCCUUUCUUUUUACUAUAGCUUGUGCUGAUCAUCAGGGGUACAGCCACGGGUUGCAGAGGUUAGAAGACAGCAUGGGAAUGGAGAAAUUUUUAGUAUUUUUCCCCUUUCCUUUUAGUCAGCAGUAAAUUAUUACAAUAUCCAGAAUCAGAUUAGGUGUCUGUUCAGGGUCCUCCACCUCUGCAGUUGAACUUUUCCAUGGGCAUCAAGGCUAGGCUGUUCUUACUGCACCCUCUCAUCCCCACCCCCACAUUUGCUUUUUGUGGUAAAAAUAAAAAGUCUCAAUUGAACAAAC